AUGCCGUGUAUUAUCUAGUGAGAAGUGCUGCUAACGUUCCUCGGCAGCGGCCGAACCCUCCCAGCUCCGGGAAGGAAGCGGAAACCAGCGUCGCACAGCGCAUGCUAGCAGCUAGGAGGAGGCGUCCGGACGGCUCGGAGCGACACCACACACCGUUUGGUGGCAGCAGAGGAAACGGGCUCGUUAACCACACGGCAGGCGGUUCGUUAGCUGCGGGGGCUGCGUCCAGACGGAACAUCUCGAGCGGCGUCGAACUGUGAUCUUUAUGUGAGGCUGGGGCCUUGGAGGAUCGGGUCAAAGACGGGAGGAGAGACUCGGAGACGAGCAUCUGGCAGGAGCCCGGAUACGUGUUUUAGCUUCCCUCGGUCCAGAAAGGCGCAGCAUCAGCCCAGCAGCUCCACCGCUCAGCGACACCAUGGAGGCCAUUGCCAAAUACGACUUCAAAGCCACCGCUGACGAUGAGCUGAGCUUCAAGCGCGGGGAAAUCCUCAAGGUAUUAAACGAAGAGUGCGAUCAGAACUGGUACAAGGCGGAGUUGAACGGAAAAGACGGCUUCAUACCCAAGAAUUACAUUGAGAUGAAGGCUCAUCCGUGGUUCUUUGGGAAGAUUCCUCGUGCCAAAGCAGAGGAGAUGCUCAACAAACAGAGGCACGACGGGGCCUUCCUCAUCAGGGAGAGUGAGAGCGCCCCCGGGGACUUCUCUCUGUCUGUGAAGUUUGGAAAUGACGUGCAGCACUUCAAGGUUCUUCGUGAUGGCGCUGGGAAGUAUUUCCUGUGGGUGGUGAAGUUUAACUCCCUCAACGAGCUGGUGGACUACCACCGCUCCACCUCAGUCUCCCGCAAUCAGCAGAUCUUCUUGCGAGACAUCGAGCAGGUUUCCCAGCACGCCACGUACGUGCAGGCGCUCUUCGACUUCGACCCCCAGGAGGAAGGCGAGCUGGGUUUCCGACGCGGCGACUUUAUCCAGGUCCUGGACAACUCGGACCCCAACUGGUGGAAAGGAGGCUGCCACGGCCAGACGGGCAUGUUUCCCCGCAACUACGUCACACCCGUCAAUCGAAACAUGUAAACAGUCAGAGCGCGUAAACAACAGCAACCACCACCUUCACCACCAUCGUCAUCAUCAGCCCUCCCUCACCCCCCCACGCCCGAUCGCCCGCCCGCCCGCCCUCCACCAUCCCACAAUAACAGGAGCAGACGGGAGAAACGCAACCAACUGUACGAGAGAGAAAUAAGAGGAGUAGAGCCGCUGCGUGGGCAGCGCGGAGCUAAAUCUGCUUGUGCCGAGUGUGUGAACGCACGUCGGCCGGGACUGAACUGUCUCUGAGCGCCCAGCGUGGAGGAAAGCGACCACCCGCAGCCGCUCCUGCCUCUCCCACCUACCCAACAUACCGCCUUCCUUCUGUGUUUAGUUGUCUUUCUUUGCUGCAUGUUGUUUUAAUCACCGACCAGUAAACCCUGACUACGUUUUAAAGAAAAGGAAAAAGAAAAGAAAAAUGUAAAAGAUGUUUUUUAAAAUGUACAAAAAAGAGAGAAACCCGUCACCUACAGUCCAGCAAGUUUCCAUGUUGAAGAGCGUCGGCACGUGAGCAUUGUGUUGGCUGGAAAAAUGAAUCAACUAUAGAGAGAAUCCAUUUUUUAAAAGUAUAUAUUAUAUAUUUGUAUGUUUGUUUUACCUCUCAUCACCUUGUACUUUUUUCCAUUUGUAAAUUAUGUUAAAUCUCGUUGUACUUGUCUGGAUGAGACCUAGUAGCUAGAAUGUGCUGACCCAUCGGUUGCUUUCUGCAUCUGAGGGCUCGGAGAUAAAACCGCUUCGUUCCCUUCGAAACGAGCCCCACAUUUACCCGAGUGUGACGUCGCUGGGCAGCGUGAGACCGUGUGUGUUUACCGCUGACGUGGCCAGUGAAUGUAGCUGAGUCCGACGUGGUCAUGGGGGAAGCGCGGUCUGAGCUGAGCUGCGCUGACGUCGCGCAGCCGUCGCCUGCAUCUAGAAGUGCAGCUAGAAACAGGAAACGGAGAGAUUGUCUUUAAAUGCUAACGUUGAGAGAUCAGCUGAACGUGUCCGUUUCGGUUUUUCGUCUGUGUUGUCGAGCACUUUUUCCCUCUUGGUUUUCUGGUCCGUGUGCGUCUCGGUUCCCGUUUUCUUGUUCUCUCUGGAUAGUGCCUUUCUCUCUGGUGUUUCAGUGUCUCCGACCUGCUACUUUGAGCCCCGGCCCCCGGGGCCGUCCCACAGUGAGAAACCGUGUACAUAAUCCAAGCCCCCCCCUCGCCCCACAUCACCGCCUUUGCUUGUAUCACCCACAUGAAACUCUUCUUAUUUAAGUGUCUUUCGCCUUGUCUGACCUGAAGAUACUGUCGUUUGUUUUUUGCUCUUUUUUUAUUUGCAUUUGUUUUGUUUUCAAUUAAUAAAAUGCAAUUAUUAAAAAAACAAGAAUCA